AUGGACAACUCAAACGCCAAGUCCAAGUACGCACACUUUGCCACACCUCACCCGGUUUUCGAAUCGUUAAAAGAUGAGGCUUCCAAGCUCGUUGAGAAUUUAUAUGCCAUCGAGGAUAUGGAAAAAUUCAAGGCUGCAUGGGAUGCAUUCCCACCUGCGGUUUUCGACGAUGGCCCCGUUGUGGGCAAGGAUAUAACGAUUGAGCAUAUGAAUAUCCCAGUGAGGGAUGGUGCCAAGGUGGAACUCAGGAUCUAUAAGCCGAUAAAUCCAACCCCACGAGCAUCCUUAUUCUUUGUCGCACAUGGGGGAGGAUGGACAAUAUUCACACAUGACGCUGAAGAAGCACAGAAUAGGCAGGUGGCCAGGGACAACAAGUUGGUUGUCGUGAGUGUGGAGUACCGAAAGUGCCCGGAAUUCCCAUUCCCCUAUCCUUUGGAUGACUGCUUUGACGCGCUAAUUUGGUGUAAAUCGAAUGCUGUCAACCUUGGCAUCAACCCUGAAAGGAUUUAUUUGGCAGGCUCCACCAGUGGAGCAAACCUUGCCGCAUCCCUUGCAUUGAAACUUCGAGAUGAAGGGAUUACCGGAGUAUCUGGCCAAGUCCUCAAUAUGCCAAUGAUCUGUCACCCCGACUUCUUUCCUCGGGAUAAAUACGAAUAUAACAGCUGGGACGAGAAUAACGAAGAUGCCGCCACUUCGUCCUCGAGGGCUUUGUUCCACUGGAAUCUAUAUCUCCCAAAAGGGAAACCAGAGGUCUAUGCCAAUCCAAUACUAGCUGAAAGCCAUGCAAACCUCCCCCCAGCUCUCAUCCAGAUUGCCGGGUUUGACCCGCUCCGCGAUGAGGGUUUUGCGUAUGGUGAGGCCCUCAGGGCCGCCGGCGUCCCAGUGACUGAAAAAGUAUUUGCGGGUCUUCCACACGCAUUUUACUUUUUCCUCAAGGCACUCGACAAGGAGUCCAGAGAGUAUUUCCAGAACAUUGUCGAUUAUGUAAAUGAUAUCGAAAAGAAAUCGAUUCCUAUUUGA